AUGGCAAUUUGUAAACAUUUUGGCUAUCCAGAUUUAUUCCUUACUAUUACGUGUAAUCCAAAUUGGCCUGAAUUUCAGCGAUUCACUGAGCGAGAGCGAAUUCCCAUUGCUGAUCGUCCUGAUAUCUCUUGCCGUGUUUUUCAUGCUAAGUUGAAAUGCCUUUUAAGCGAUCUCAAGAAAGGUGUAUUUUUUGGUCCACUUAGUGCAGGUAUGUAUACUAUUGAGUUUCAAAAAAGAGGUCUACCACAUGCACACAUGUUACUAUGGCUUAAUGGGGAAAGCAACUUACAAAGUGUUGAAAUUGUUGAUGAAUUCAUCUGUGUUGAGCUACCCAAUCCCCUCAAAUUUCCGGCUCUUUAUAAUAUCGUCACCAAGUACAUGAUCCAUGGUCCUUGCGAUCGACUUAGACCGAGUUCUCCUUGCAUGAAAGAUGGUAAGUGCUCAAAAUUUUAUCCAAAAAGAUUCGUUGAUCAAACGAGCUUUGAUGAAGAUGGCUAUCUGAUAUAUAGACGUCGUAAUAUGGGUGUGACAGUGAAGAUCAACGAUGUUGAUAUUGACAACAGAUUUGUUGUGCCUUAUAAUCCACUGUUGUUAAUGAAAUAUCAAGCUCACAUAAAUCUUGAGUUCUGUAACAAGUCAAACGUGAUCAAGUAUCUUUUUAAGUAUAUCAAUAAGGGUCCUGAUCGGGUGACUGCAACUAUUGGAGAAACAUGUCAUGUUGGUGAAUCUUCUCAGGUUGUUGAUGAGAUCAAGCAGUAUUAUGAUUGUCGUUAUUUAUCACCGUCUGAAUCCAUGUGGAGAAUUUUUGCUUAUGAUAUUCAUCAUAGAUGGCCGUCAAUACAGAGGUUGACUUUUCACUUGCCCAACCAGCAGCAUGUUGUAUUCGAUGAUGCUGAUAUCACUACUCAUGUUUAUUUGCUCAGCAAAGAUUUGCUGACGAUGUUUACGGCUUGGAUGAUAGCCAACAGGAGGUUCCUGGAUGGGCGGUCUUUAACAUAUGUGGAAUACCCAGGAAAAUUUGUCUACUGUUCGAACAGUAGGGAGUGGAAGCCGAGACAGAGGGGAUUCUCAAUUGGAAGAUUGAGUUUUGCUCAUCCCUCAUCUGGUGAACUUUUCUAUAUGCGGAUGCUUUUGAAUGAGGCAUGUUCUGCCAUGGGAUUCUUGAUAUAUGAUAAGGAGUAUGUUUCCGCUAUUAAGGAAGUUGCCGAGGUAGCGUCCGCUGCACAGUUAAGGAGGUUUUUUGUGAUCCUGUUACUAUCUGGUUCCAUGGGAAGGCCUCUGUCAGUUUGGGAACAAACUUGGGCUUAUUUAUCUGAUGAUAUUCUUUAUCGCAGAAGGCAUGAGCUGCAAUAUCCUGAUCUAACAAUGAGCCAGGGUGAGUUGCAAACAUUUUGUUUGUUGGAGAUUGAGAAACUAUUGCAGAGUAAUGGAAAAUCAUUGAGAAAUUAUGCUGGCAUGCCGGUUCCUAAUAACUGUUUAGUCUCUCAAUUUAGCAACUUGAUGCUGCUGCGUGAGUUGCAGUAUGACACUGUUUCUUUGGCUCUUGAGCAUGAUGCAAAUGUGUUAAAGUUAAAUGAAGAACAGAAGGUGGUAUACGAUAAAAUUAUUGAUUGUGUCUCGAAUAAGAGGCACAGAUUCUUUUUUGUGUAUGGGUUUGGUGGCACUGGAAAAACUUUUUUAUACAGGGUUUUGUCGGCUAGAUUGCGAUCUGAGAAAAGGGUUGUUAUAAACGUUGCUUCUAGUGGUAUUGCUUCUCUGUUGUUACCUGGUGGUAAGACAGCUCAUUCUAUGUUCAAUAUUCCUGUUGAGCUGACUGAAGAUACUGUUUGUCGAAUUAAGAAGGAUAGUGCAAAAGCUGAGGUAGUCCGAUUGGCCGAUUUGAUUAUUUGGGAUGAGGCACUGAUGACUAACAAAUUGGCAUUUGAAGCACUCGAUAGGACGUUACGUGAUAUAAUGGUUUCGGUCUCUGAUAGGAAUAAAGAUUUACCUUUUGGUGGGAAGGUAGUUGUUCUCGGUGGUGAUUUCAGGCAGGUCUUAACAGUUAUUCCGAAAGGUUCUCGUGCUGAAAUUGUCAUGGCUUCGAUAAAUUCUUCUGUCCUCUGGAAAUAUUGUGAAGUUUUGUGUCUGAUGAAAAAUAUGAGGUUAACAAUGGGAUUGGAACAAUCAACUCCUCAGGAGCUAAGAUCAUUUUCAGAUUGGAUACUUCAAAUCGGUGAAGGUCGAUGUGGAACAGUGGUGAAUGAUAAACUUUUUGUUGAUAUUCCUUCUGAUCUAAUCAUUCCUGUCUCGGAAAAUCCAGUGGAGGAUAUUGUAAAUACAAUCUAUCCGAAUUUGGUUCAGAAUUUUCGUGAUCCAAGUUUUUUCCAGGAUAGGGCAAUUUUGGCUCUGACUGUCGACAAUGUUGAAGAGAUAAACAAUUAUAUAGUUGACUUGUUGCCCGGGGAGGAGAAAAAUUAUCUCAGCGCUGAUUUGAUAUGUGGUAGUGAUGUCUAUUCUGAUGUUGAUGUUGAUUGGAUAAAUGUUGAAUUCUUGAAUCAGAUUAGGUAUUCUGGUCUACCUAAUCGUUCGUUGAAGUUGAAAAUAGGCGUGCCUAUUAUUUUGUUGAGGAAUAUUGAUCCAGCUGGGGGUUUGUGUAAUGGGACCCGACUUGUUGUUCGAGAUUUAGGGAGAAAUGUGAUCGGUGCGGAUAUUGUUUCUAGUAGCAAUGUUGGGGAUAAGGUUUUUAUCAGUAGAAUGAAUAUGAUUCCCAGUGAUACAGUUAUACCGUUUAAAUUCCAACGUCGUCAGUUCCCGAUUUCUCUGUCGUUUGCGAUGACAAUAAACAAAAGCCAGGGUCAGAUAUUAUCAACAGUCGGGUUGUUCUUGCGUCGUCCUGUCUUUUGUCACGGUCAACUUUAUGUAGCUGUUUCCCGAGUUAGGAAUAGAAAUGGUCUUAAGAUUUUACUUUGUGGUGAUGGAUUAGUUGAUCCUAUCAGGACUGAAAACGUUGUAUUUACAGAAGUUUUUGAUAAGAUAUAA